GAGAGAGAGAGUGUCAAUAUUCCUCUUACACCUUGUCCACCAUCUUUUGCGCGCAUCUAUUUAUCUAAUAUAACAUUCGAGAUUUAUCUCUCGAUCUCGCAGCGCGGUUGUCUAUAUCCCUCCUCUCUCUCUCUCCCCCCCCCCCUUGUUUCUCUCUCUCCAUCCAUCCUAAUAGCACCACACCAGACCGCGAGUUCACUUGGCUCUCAUCUUCUCUGUGUGCUAUGUCUACGUACUCCCGUACCCAGGAGAGCGACGCCUGGGCCCUUCUGGCGUUGAAGUCGGCGCCGGCCAGCCCGACGAAGAUGCAGUGGAACCCGGAGUCGAAGGGCGCGCCGAUUGCCCGGCUGGAGGGCCGCGAGUUCGAGUAUAUGGUUAGGCAGCGGCGCAUCACGAUCGGCCGCAACAGCAGCAAGGGUGAGGUCGACGUCAACAUGGGCCACUCGUCCUUCAUCUCGCGCCGACACCUGGAGAUCUACUUCGACCACCCGUUUUUCUUCAUGAUGUGCAACGGAAAGAAUGGGGUCUUCGUCGACGGUUUUCAGCGCAAGGGCGCGCCACCCUUUCAACUACCAAAAUCGUGUACAUUCAGAUUUCCCAGUACAACGAUCAGGCUGAUCUUCCAAUCGCUCAUAGACGAGCAGGAGCAGGGUAACAUCCGCGUGCCGUCUCCUCCGAAGCAAAGAGCACCCCUGCCGCCGUUGCGGAUCAACAUCCCGGAUACAGGAUACAGCAGCCCGUUCCCGUCGCCGACGGGAACCAUCAGCGCCGCCAACUCCUGCCCGGCUAGUCCACGAGCUGGCCAGGGUAGGAGAAACAUAUCUGCGGACCUGCAUAUGGUGGCCGCGUACGCUGCUGCGGUAGUGAAUGAUCCGCAGAAUUCCACCUUGGAUAGACAUAACGCGUUGGAGAGGCACGAAAGCGGGCAGAGCUCCUCCUCCAGCAGGCAGAUUAGCCCGGAACCCGAAGCGCGUUACCGGGGUGGAAACAAUUCAGGCCCGAACGGCACAACCGCUCAUUACAGCCCGCCUAAGGACGAUUCGAAGCCGCCAUAUUCGUACGCGCAACUGAUUGUACAAGCGAUAGCCUCGGCGCUGGACAAGCAGCUCACACUGUCCGGCAUCUACUCUUAUAUCACCAAGAACUAUCCGUAUUAUAGGACAGCCGACAAAGGCUGGCAGAAUUCGAUCAGACACAACUUGUCUCUGAAUCGUUAUUUUAUCAAAGUUCCCAGGAGCCAGGAAGAGCCAGGAAAAGGAUCUUUUUGGAAAAUUGAUCCUCAGUCGGAAGCAAAACUAAUCGAUCAGGCCUUCAGACGGAGGCGACAGCGUGGCGUACCUUGCUUUCGUGCCCCUUUCGGGACAUUGUCUUCGAGGAGUGCACCAGCUUCACCGUCUCACGUAGGAAUCAGUGGCUUGAUGACUCCGGAAUGCCUCAGCAGAGAGGCUUCUCCGGGUCCAGAAUCGUAUCCAGACAGCUCGGUCCCUUCUCCGGCUGGACAACUAGCGACGAGUCAAUCCGCUCCUGGCUCCCCUGGACACCCGUACACGUCGACUCAGUCGACUCACAAGGGACGUCUAAUGCAAACAACGAUUGUGACAAACGGAGUUGGUGAUACUGGAAGAGAAGAAAAAUAUUUGGUGCCUGGACCAAACGUUGUAGAGGACCAUUCUUUAUCCCCUGCUGGCCAAUAUAGUCCUGCUCCUGUUAUUGUACAAACGACGUAUAAUUACAGUGGAAAUUUUAUCGGCCCCGAUGCUGGCGUCGGGAGCGUUAGCAAACGUGCCCACGACGAGUCGGAUAGCUCGCCGGGUUCCCCGGCCCCGCUGGCAAUCGUCGAAAGUCCGGAGCCGCCGGAGGCGUCCCAGCCGUCGCAACCGAAGCGCCAACGUAUUCAUGACAUGGAUGAUCAUUGAACCAACACGGCGUCCCGUUAAUGUAGAUCAUUUACAUUUGCAUUAUUUGACUCUAUCGUCGAAAACACAUACUGCAGACUUCAUAUUGUUUUUAAUUGCAUUAACCGCUUUAGACUGCACAUUAUUCGAGAUCAAGCGUGUCAGGGUUCUCUAUUAUAUAAAUUGAGAGAGAAAACUGUUGUAUGUUGAGUUCGCAGAAGAAUUACCGAUACUUUGGAAAAAAAUAGAAAGGAACGAAUGACGAGAACGGAAAGGCACACUUUUCCCGUUCUAGAUUAUUCAUGUUUUAAAACAUGAUUCUCUCAAUCAGUCAAUGUAUAUAAGAUAAUAUACUUUAUUAAAUGCUUUCUCUUUAUGACUUGUUAACUUCGGCUGAAGAUAUAGUAUAUAUAUGUAUAUGGAGCUUAUUUGAUUGAAAAGAAAUACAAAAAAUAAUAAUGAAGUCAUCCAAAAUAGUAACAGCAGCUGAUACGUCGUGCUGAUACAUCAAAUUGCAAUAAUGUGAUGCGGUAACGUGUGCCAUUCAGCAGUUUAAUAGCCGAUUUAUUAAAUAGACGAAAAAAAGAAACGAGAAUGUGUUACCCAAUGUAAUCCAAUCGAGUGAACGCGCGAUAUAUGUGUGUGUGUAUAUAUAUAUAUUUAUAUAUACAGACACACGUAUGUGUGUGUGUGUGUAUUUACGAGUACAUUUCGCAGAUCAAACAUCCAAUUUCAUAUAUAUACUCGCGUGAUUUUUUUCGUUGCACUACUGCUUGCACCAACUUGGCGUCGUUAUCGCAAUUAAUGAUUAAAUAAUAAUAAUAAUGCAAAAUGAUAGAAGAAAGAGAGAAAUAGAUUAUUAUUACAAUUAUUAUUACAACAGCGUUUUUCAUUUAUGAUAUGCUCAAUCAUGAAUGUUCCAUGUGUGAGGGUGAAGAAAACGAGGCACAGUUUUAACAAGAGACUGUAUAGAGAGAUUACUCUUAAAAAAAUAAAUAAAUAAAUCAUUGUAUCGUGA